CUUAACACUUACGAUUAGCGAAGAAGCUAACAACAACACCAUUGAUCAUCAGCUCCGCGAUUCGCACAUUUUCUCAUUGUUGCGUUCCUUCCAAUUAAAUUCACUUUCUUCGAGUCGUAUCGAGCAACACUUGCACACAGUUCGGUUGUUUCUCGCUCGUCUAGCAGUUGUUUUCUUGUGGCUCGGCGGUAAAGUCGCGUGAAGCAGGAAAAGUGUCGAAGGAUUGCCGUGAAACUCCGCUCUCUCGUGCUCGGUUAUGAAGUGAAUGAAUCUUGAGUUUUCACGUGUGGUGUUCGCUGGCUGAUCCGAGAAAGGAAAACAAAAGUAGAAAUUAUAAUGCACGGGCUUUGGUUCUUAUUAGUUACCGUAUACUACCUCAGUACAUCUUUUGCUCAAUCCAAUAUUUCGAGGUUUAGAUACAACAUAUCAGAAUAUGUAUCUCUUCUUCCUUCCGAACUGAGAGUGAGCGCAUCGACAGCUUUACGUGCCGAGGCACAGAUUGCUGAAGGCGGCGAGUGGACGAAACCUUCGUGUAAAUUCAGCGAUAUUAUACCGUGUCCGCCCAACAAAUACAGGAGGCCGACAGGCGAAUGCAAUAACAUUCGACAUGCAAAAUGGGGAAGUCGAGGGGCUCCAUUCCUUAGACUUUUAAGACCUCAAUAUGCCGAUGGUUUUUCCCAGCCGCGUCUUUCCGUAAAGAAUCGUCCUCUACCAGGGCCCCUGGAUGUGGCAGAUUCGCUAAAAAGUAAACCUAUUGUACCGCACGAAUCCGUAACAGCUCUUGUUGGUGCUUGGAGUGAGCUUCUCCUUCAUGACCUCGCGAGCAUCGGAAACUUGAGAAAUCAAGAAUGCUGCAAGAGCAAAUCGAUUCACCCAGAGUGCUACGGUUGGUUAGGGAAUGGCCAGUGUUCAGAAUAUAUGAGAUCGCUUCCAGCAAUGGAUAUGGAUGAUUGUGAAUUUGAAUAUCGUAACCAAAUGAACCUUGCAACGUCUUUCUUGGACGGUUCAGCAAUUUAUGGAAGUACAGAUGCUGCAACUGACAGACUCAGGACGUACGACGCCGGUCUGGUGAACGUAUCUGCAUGCAGCAGUUGCAACACGAACGCUCUGUAUUCAGCAAUCCUAAUGGAGCAUAACAGAAUCGCAAUUGAUUUGGCCAGAUUAAACAGACAUUGGUUGGACGAAACGCUAUUUUUGGAAAGCAAAAAGAUUGUUACAUCUCAGAUCCAACACAUAACUUACAAUGAAUUCUUGCCGACUAUUUUGGGCGAGGUCGCGAUAUCACAAAGUCCACUUCAGUUGAAGUCACGAGGUCACUUUACCAAUUAUUCCAGCGCUAACAGGGCAGGGAUAUACAACGAAGUUGCUAUGACAGCUCUACCUGCUCUACUCUCCAUGUUACCCACUUCAUUGAUGAAUGAAACAGCUGAAAGUUUUGCCGGAAUGAUCGAUCUCCUCAUUGGGACUGCUUCACAAAAUCCUACCAUGAACAUGAUCGUGCCUCUUCGAAACGACUGGGACACUGCUUCCUUAUUGAUCCACAUGGGCAGAGACCACGGAAUCCCAUCAUACCCAGCCUACGCAGAAUUUUGUCACAAUGUUACUAUAACAACAUUUGACGAUUUGAAGUUUACAAGGAUACGUCCUGAUAACAUUCGUCUGCUCAAAACGUUAUAUAAAUCGCCCUCUGAUAUCGACCUUCUAACUGCAUCGAUAUUGGAAGAACCCAAAUCAGGAGCUUUGGUUGGACCUACGUUCACAUGUCUCUUAAAAUAUCAGUUCACUUUACUGAGAAAUUCUGAUCGAUUUUGGUACGAAAAUGAUUUGCCUCCGAGUUCUCUGACUAACCAGCAAUUAAAGGAAAUCCGAAAAGUCACCGUUGCCGGGCUUCUUUGUGCCAAUACCGAAGGAUUAAACAGCAUCCAACCGAAAGGUUUUGUUUUAGAAGAUCCCUAUCUAAAUGCCCGCAUUUCUUGCAAUCAGCAUCCAAGUAUUAAUUUGACUCAUUGGAUCGAAAUGGAUCACAUGACCGAUCUUUCGGAAGAUAUUCUGAUGAUGGCCCUUGCAAAGGCAGAACAGGAAGUGCUUCAAAGAAGGAAAAUGGAAUAUGAAGUCUGGUCAACCAUUGGUGGUGUCGAUCCCAAAUCUCCCUCUGGAACAGCAGCUUCUUUCAGUAAACCAAACAAGGCAGCACUCAGGCUGGCCAAUUCCUCUUUGCUCCUCGAAUUUGCUUCAAAUGAAAUAAUCAAUUCUCUCAUGAACAAACGUAGGAAGCGUCAAAUUCUAGACAACAACCUCCUUUCUGCAGUUUUUCGGGACGAAUUAUCUGACGGAUUACAGAACGUUGAUGUUACGUCAAUAUUGUCAGCUCACAUCUUCGACGUUGAACCGGAAUGCGAAGAUGACGGGCCCUGCGAUCCUAGUUCGCCAUUCAGAACACUUUCGGGACAUUGUAACAAUCUACGACAUCCUUCGUUUGGUAAAAGUCUUACCACGUUUGCCAGACUGCUACCAAGUGCUUAUGAUGAUGGUAUUUCAGCACCUCGUAUUCGUGGAGCCACUGGUGCUCUUCUCCCAUCCCCUCGUAUAGUAUCCAUGGUUAUUCAUCCAGACAUUAGCAAUUUACAUUCGAGAUACACAUUGAUGACGAUGCAGUACGCCCAAUUCUUGGAUCACGAUCUCACCAUGACACCCAUCCACAAAGGUUUCCACGAAUCGAUUCCCGAUUGUAGAUCUUGUGAUAGUCCUCAGACAGUUCAUCCUGAAUGCCACCCUAUUCCUAUACCUACCGGUGAUGUGUUUUAUCCAGAGAUAAACAUCACUUCCGGUCAGAGAAUGUGUUUCCCGUUCAUGAGAUCCCUUCCUGGUCAGAAAAGUUUAGGACCCAGGGAGCAAGUGAACCAGAACACAGCAUUUGUGGAUGCGUCCCAGGUAUAUGGAGAAAACAAUUGUGUUCUUCAGAAACUUAAGGGUUAUGGGGGAAGAAUGAACAGCACCACCAAUAUUAGAGGUAAAGAACUACUUCCACAAAGUGAUCACCAUCCAGAAUGUAAAGCUGCCUCCGGACUAUGCUUCAUUGCUGGAGAUGGACGAGCUUCUGAACAACCAGCUCUUACAGUCAUCCACACAGUAUUUAUGAGGGAGCACAACAUUCUUGUUGAAGGUCUGAGGAAAAUCAAUCCCCAUUGGGAUGAAGAGAAGCUGUUCGAGCAUGCCCGAAGAAUAGUCAUCGCUGAAACUCAACAUAUCACUUACAAUGAAUUUCUGCCCAGGAUUCUUAGCUGGAACGCCGUGAACUUAUACGGAUUGAAGUUGCUGCCUCAAGGAUAUUACAAGGAAUACAAUCCAUCCUGUAAUCCGUCGAUCGUAACCGAAUUUGCGGCUGCAGCCUUUAGGAUUGGUCACUCGUUACUUCGACCGCACAUUCCCAGACUUGACCACAACUACCAAAUUGUGGAACCACCCAUUCUUCUGAGAGACGGUUUCUUCAAACCUGAUAUGCUACUUAGACCUGGUAUGAUAGAUGAAAUAUCAAGAGGACUUGUAUCUACUCCGAUGGAAACACUGGAUCAGUUUAUCACUGGAGAAGUAACAAACCAUCUCUUUGAAGAUCGUAAAAUACCAUUUUCUGGAAUCGAUCUUGUUGCCCUUAACGUUCAAAGGGCUCGAGACCAUGGAAUACCAUCGUACAACAAUUAUAGAGCUUUAUGCAACUUAAAACGUGCCACCACCUUUGACGAUUUAUCCAGAGAAAUUCCACCUGAAGUUAUAUCAAGAUUCAAGAGAAUUUACUCGUCGGUCGAUGAUAUCGAUCUCUUCCCAGGAGGGAUGAGCGAGCGACCUCUUCAAGGUGGACUUGUUGGACCAACAUUCGCCUGUAUCAUUGCGAUACAAUUCAGGCAACUUCGUAAAUGCGACAGAUUUUGGUACGAAAACGAAGAUCCUGCAAUCAGAUUUACUGAAGCUCAGUUGGCUGAAAUAAGGAAAAUCACUUUGGCUAAAAUUUUCUGCCAAAACAUGGAUACAAACGUAGAAAUGCAACGGGCAGCUUUUGACUUGCCAUCAAACUUCCUCAACCCCAGAAUAGACUGCAGGGCCAUACCAGGAAUCGAUCUGAGCGCGUGGAGAGAUUCACCAAGUGGAGGAUGCAUCAUUGGAGAUAGACAAGUGGCAGUAGGACAGUCUGCAUUCCCGUCACCAUGUACCAGUUGCAUCUGUACUGAGGAAGGCGGUCAAUGUGCAUCAUUGAGGGUAACUGACUGCAACCAGUUAAUGAGAGAGUGGUCAAGGGAAGCAGUUUUGAGGGAUGACGUCUGCACUGCACAGUGCGGUUUUCUCCUACGGGGUAGUCGGACAUCACGACCUGGACUUAAUAUAAAUCUGACACCGCCACCCCCUCGAGGAGGUGGAAGGAACAAGGGAUUCCUAGGUGCUCGUGUUAGCGCAUUUACUUCGUCAGCUGCUUUUGCUGACUUCAAAUUCCCAGAUUUAACGGAAUUCAUUGUUUCGUAGUGAACCUUGAAGACCAAAACUCUUUAAAUGAGUGACUGAUUUAUAAAUAUCGUAGGUACAUGUACGUAUGAAUUAACGACAAGUGAGACUAACAAUUUGCAAGAUGUCGCAAAUGAAGAAAAAUCGAUGGCCAUAUAAUUAAUAAUAAAUUUUCGAAAAUAAAACAAUUCAUUUCUCAGACAACGAAUUUUCGAUAUAUUAAAAGUGUCUUCAAAGAUAAACUCAAUAGCGCCAAUGUAUUAAUUAAUUAAUUUCGUCUUUUUUUCUGUUCUGAUAUCACAGUAGGUACCAUAUUCCUUAUUAGAUACACAAAUUUAGCAAACAAAUGAAAGAAAAGAUUGCAAUUGUCGAAUUUUAACAAUCAAAUAAAAUAGAAACAUUUUGUUUCUUAAACAAAUCGAGUCAAUUUAGGAUAAAGAUAAUGUAGAUGUAAUAAAUUUACCUAAGUAUAAGCUUAACAAACAAAAAAACAAUUUGUACAUAACACAAUAGAGUGUAGUAUAAGUACUUUAUUUAUAAGUCUUUCUUAAAAAUAAAAAGAAAUCAAUAAAAGGAUUCGAUAAAACAAAGAAAUUACUUUGUAAAUAUGUAUAAGCUACAUUUUCCACUUCAGUCCGUAUUUAUUGUAAAUGUAUAAAAGCAUUUCUUAGAAUUUAAGUGACAAUAAUAACAAACUGCCUCUUACAAAUUAUUAUAGUUGUUAAUGUUUUUUCUUUUUUUGUUAUUGCGUAUGGUUAAAUAUGUCUCUCCAACAACAUUGAAGGAUAGUAAAAUAUGCCUUUUGAUCUAUUCGUUCCAUAAUUUUCUCGAAAACAGUAAAACUAAUUCAAAUGAAUAACCACAUUUAAUUUUUUGUCAAGGAAU